AUGACGGGUGAAUCGAAGGAUGAUUCUCAUCAUAAUAUCCUAACAAGAUCUCAUAUCAGUGAAGCCUUUCACUUUCUGAUUUGCGCCGGCGGUACUUUUGCCUGUUAUUUUUACUUCGGGAUCCAACAGGAAAGAAUUGUUCAAGGAAAGUAUGCUAAUGGGGAGAAGUUCACAUAUACUCAAGCUUUGGUGUUCUUUCUAUGUGCAUCGAACACGAUUUUUGCUUGGAUUCUGCGAUCAAAACGUGAUAUCGACAGUGUUCCAACGAGGAUGUACGGAAUGUGUUCGGCUAGUUACCUUGGCGCUAUGAUCAGUAGUAAUCAGGCUCUUCAGUAUUUGCCGUAUCCAACUCAGGUGCUAGCAAAGUCGUGCAAACCGAUCCCAGUACUUUUAUUUGGAGUCCUGUUUGCUGGAAAGAAGUAUUCGUGGAGGAAAUACGGUUUCAUUAUUAUGAUUGUUAUUGGAGUUGCCAUGUUCCUGUACAAGGAUAAGAAGACGUCGACCGAGCAACAAAUAGGAAUUGGAGAGCUUUUACUGUUGUUGUCGUUGAUGUUGGAUGGAACGACUACUGCCAUCCAAGAUACGAUCAAUAAAAGUUAUAGACGUACUACUCUUAGUAUGAUGUUUUACACCAAUUUUUUCUCAACGAUAUACCUUAUGGUCGGAUUGGUGGUUACUGGUGAACUUUUCGGAUUUGCCUCUUUCGUUCACCGACAUCCGCACGUUCUGUUUGAUCUAUGCUUAGUAGCUGCGUCAAGUUGUGGAGGACAGUACUUCAUCUUCAAAACCAUCAGCGAAUUCUCUCCACUUACUUGCUCGGUAGUUACAACCACUCGAAAAUUGUUCACGAUUAUCUUUUCUGUUGUAUUCAUGAACCAUCCGCUACUGGAACGACAGAAGUGGGCGACGUUCAUAGUGUUUUCCGGACUCAUUAUGGAUGCUAUCGAUAACAAGGUUUCUAAGAAGCAGCUACAUGUUAAGUAA